UGUUUGCAAAGUCCUUCUUCUCCUUGUCUUCAUCCACUCGCUCUUGACGACCGCGCCUUCUUCAAUCGCGCCACUGGGACUAUUCCAUUUAAUACUGCCUGCUUUUCUAGUUAAUUCUUCCUCUCGCUCCAGCUCCCGCACCCACUCUUCCUCAGCGCCCACCAAACUGAAACGGUGCGAGCAGUCUUAACAUCCCAGUUACCGUCCUGCUUCAAUUACACAACAAAAAAAUGCCUUCCAUGCUCAAGCUCGCUGCUCCGGCCCUCGUCGCCGCCAGCACUGCCUACGCCGCCUGCAGCGUUUCCGCAACCACCACCAUCCAGAAUGCCGGCGAUGCCACUGCCCUGGCUAGCUGCUCGACCUUCUCGGGUAACAUUGCCAUUGCUACCGGCACCACCGAGGACAUUGCCAUCAAUGGCGUCAAGAAGAUCACCGGUAACCUGGUCGCCCAUGACAACUCCGACAUGAAGCAGAUUAGCGCCAGCGACCUCGAGACUCUCGACGGAGCCAUGGACCUCAAGGGCCUCACCUCCCUCUACGCCUUGAACUUCCCCAAGCUCAAGACCAUUGACUCGAUCAAGUGGCAGGCGCUCCCCAACCUCCAGGAGAUCGGCUUCACCUCUGAGGUCACCAAGGCCGACAAGAUCGACAUCCAGAACACUGCUCUCCGCUCGCUCAAGGGUAUCAACAUUGAGGAGGCUGACGAGAUCUUCAUUGCCAACAACGGCUACAUUGACUCCAUCUCCAUGCAGCUUGGUAACGUCUCCACCUCGCUGACCCUUGCCGAUAACAACGAGGCCGUCAAGGUCGAGCUUCCCAACCUCAUCUGGGCUAGCAACCUGACCUUCCGUUUCUGCGGUUCCGUCUCCGUCCCCUCCCUCGAAACCCUCAACGGAUCUCUUGGUCUCUACAACAACGGUUUCGAGACCUUCUCUGCCCCCAACCUGACCAGCGUUGGUGAGGCCGUUGCUGUUGUUGCCAACGAGCAACUCAACAACAUCUCUUUCCCUCUCCUUACCAAGAUCAGUGGUAACAUCCAGAUUGCCAACAACUCCAAGCUCGUUGAGGUUGACGGCCUUCCUCAACUCAAGAGCAUCGGCGGUGCUUUUGACAUGAGCGGUAACUUCAGCAAGGUCUCCACUCCCAAGCUCGACAGCGUCAAGGGUGCCUUCAACCUCCAGUCGUCUGCUCAGCUCAACGAUACCUGCGACUUCUACAAGGACCUCCACUCCAAGAAGCUCAUCCAGAGCAAGGACUACACCUGCGAGGGAACUCUUAUCGACCCCGGCCAGCAAGGACACGACCCCACCAAGCAGAGCGGAAACAACGGCCAACAGGGCGCUGCCACCUCACUCAGCCCUGUCAACGGUGCUCUUGGUCUCGCUGCCAUGGUCGCUGUUCUCUUCUUUUAAGCAGGUUGAUGACGCUGGCGUUCACCGUAUCGCAUAGACUACACCCCCAAGGAUUUGACUCUUUUUUGAUAGCGUACAGCAUCGAGCAGAAACGGGCGUAAAGCCCCGGUUCAGCUUCUGAGGACUGGAGGAGGGCUUGUGGGGAUGGUUCAUGGAUCAGCAUGUAACAAUUGUAUGUAUUGUUUGGCUAAAAGGGUCGAGGUAGACAUUUAAUCCGCAGUAUAUCUAAGUCUGCCGAGCGACGUGGGGCGUAGUAGUGCCGCGAGGAAGGUUUGGUUUGGGAUAGUUCAUGCAAUCAUUCUCUUCAUUUAUUUUUGUUCAUAAGUUACCCCGUGGAGUUGAGCGUGCAAAUGGCUAAAAGUUGAAUUCAAGCCUUUUCUGUCCAAGACGAGCCAUGCAUAUUUCUGUGUGCA